GUUACUAUGGAUACUUUCCUCUAUGAAGUUCCGGGUAUGAAACUGUUCUCGUUUCCAGUGAGAUAGGCACGUUUAAAUAUGACGUAUUCUAACCGCGAUAUUAGAAAGAUUGAACAUUUUUACGCCAUUGGAGAAUCGGUAAAAUGAAUCGGGCGAACGAAAGAGUUUUGAAACGACGGAGCAAUCCGGAAGUUUCGCGUAGAAACGACUCGAGCAGCAGCGAGGAAUCUUCGUCGGUUACCGAGAGCACCGAGUAUUCACCAUAUGUGCAAAACACCAGCACGCCUCUUAGACCUAGAUGGACAAAUUCCGAAGAGAUCAAUAGAUUUCGACGAGGAAAAGGAGAAAUCAACGACGCAGAAGAGGUGUCAUCCGACAAAAGGGGAUCGAAAAAGUUUCAGAGACGCAAAGAGCAUGUUGAUCGCAAAAGGUAUCAGGACAAUCGUGAAAGGGUCGUUGAAAGGCAGAGAGGAGGACACGACCGACGUAAUAAACGAAGACACGAUAGGCGUUCUGAAGACGCUGCUACUAAAAGACGAAAGGAAACAUCCAGUUCAGAGUCAUCGGACAAAAAUUAUAAUGAAAGCGACUUGGAACGAUCGAAACGAAAAAAACAAGAUUUAGUAGGAGAUAAUGAAUUGCCUAUUACGGAAAUCUUAAGGAGGUCGCAAGAAAAUGCGCGAACAAAAUACGAGCAUCAGGCGCCACUGCCUGUGUUAACCACGGAUAAAGUUUACGUACAGCACAGAGGUGGUUUUAGUGCAAUGAAAAUUAAUCAAACAAAAGGUUUUCCUAGUGACAAGAAAACUGAAAGGACAAGUAGCGUUGAUAUUCGUAACGAAGAAAAUUCUCCGCCUAUAAAGGUGGCCGUUAUGCUUCAACAAUUUUGGAAAAAUACAGGUCUUUUGUAUCAAGGCCUUUUAGGCGGUAUGGCGCUUACUCAUUUCAUCAUGUUGCACGUAUUUUUUAGUAAUUCUAUAGAAUUCAUCGCAAAAUACUCACCAUUUUGCGAGAUUUAUACAAACAUCUUUUCCUUUCUUAUUGCCAUGUGCGUCGUUUCAACGUUCGAUAAGUUUGAUUUGGCACGAUUCGACGUGGAGCAUUUGCGCGAGCUAUAUUUCGACUAUAACAAAGCAGUGAUCGCAGUUCCUUUGUAUCUCGUCGUUUUCUGUCUUCAUCAAAUCGGCGCAGGGACCGACGAUCAAUUAAAUUUGAUACAUUAUUACAAUUCCAAUCAUACCGUAUGGGAAAACGUCUCCAAUGUUCAGUCCCUUCUGGACGAUUUAAAUAGUUGGCAGAGGAUAUCCAUGUCGAAAGAUUUACUUGCAGUGUUCGCCUGGCUGUUUGUUUCCCUUGGUACUAAAGACGAUUCGUUUCUGACUUACCUACAGUCGAUGGAGAAGUACGCGGACGAUAUCGAGUCUUCCAGACGGUAAACGAAUCAAAGUUUCUUCGGAAAAGAAGAAACCUCUCUUAAUUUGGAAUAUCAUAUUUGGCUGAGGAACUGUGACGUGUGCGAUUUCAAUGUUUAUUCGUAACAGAAUAGGGUCUGAUAUGUACAAUAUUUAUAAAGUUCUAAAUUCUAACAGACAGUACACGUACAUGAAAUACCAAUGAAGACAAUAACAUUGAGAAUAAAAUAA